AUGUGGGGCAUUGGUAUUCAUACUACGAAUGUGAUCCAAGAGACUUCGAAGGAUCAGAUGAUGAGAAGCAAUUGGUUAUCGGAGGUGAAGCUGUUCUCACUGGCGAUUUUGUGGAUGAAACGAUUCUCUUCACGCGUUCAUGAUAGGCCUGAUGGUGCAGCUAUAGCUGAACGUCUUUGGUCACAAGGUGAACUGAAAAUUGAUGAAUUUAUACCACGAUUGAAUGAACUGCGUUGCCGCAUGUUAGAGUCAUACAAGAUCAUGGGAAAAGGGUCAUCCUGGAUUACGAGCAAAGUGUUAUACUAA